GCAGCUUCCACUUGUGUGACAAUCUGCAGGCUCUGCAGCGUCACUCGACUCACCAGAACCUAUAAAACCAGUUCAUCUCCCUCUCGCGCUCAACGCUUUCCAUUUGAACCAUCACUUCUGCCAAUCAACUACCCCUGACUUUCUUCAGCUGCGCGCACGCCUUGCACAAACGCCGCACAGCUUACGACCCUCCAACAUGGCAACCGAUGGUGUCCAACAAGACAUUGAAUAUGUCGAUGUCGAAGAUAUCUCCAGAUCAGAGGAAGACCAGAAGAUCUUACAAGGCUACCACCGCUUGUCAUCGCGGCGAGUAGAUCUCGUAGGCGAUUUUGCCGGCCAAGAACUGUUCGCCAUCGAGGGCGACUCCCUUCUUUUGCAGUGCUUCGAAAACUCACUUCUCGACUUCGAGGAUGGUUUCCAAUUGCUACAUGCCGUCUAUUUGGUGGAAGAGUAUCUUGCACAGCUCCAACGCCGCAAUUGCAGAUUCCACGUCGCCUUCUUUGAGGCUCACCGUCAGCUCUGCAUUCCCCAGAGUGUCAAAUCCAUCCACCGAUCCAAGUACCUCCUCACAAGAGCCGCCAUAAUUCGCCAUCUCCAGUCCAACUUGGUCUCGGACAAGGUCCAAAUCCACUGCUUCUCUGAUCUGCACGACCAAGCAUUUGAUGAUUAUCUGCGCAACUCUGCAGUGUAUUUCUUGAUGUGCCAUGAUGGAGCUCGUAGCUACACAACACAAGAGAGCGAUGUUCCUGACCCGAGAACUCAAUUGAGAUCAAUGAUUGUGCACUUCAUUCUAACUGGCUACAACGUGGCCUUGAUUAACGGCUCCGAAUUUGUUGACACCAAGAUUAUGGCCAUGGUGCUGGAGACCAAGAAGCUUUCUCACACCCUCGACUCAUCAUUGAACACAAACCUCAAGUCGUCGUCUGAUGUUUCGGAGCCCACAUCAUCUGCGGAGAUCAAGGAAAUCGGAACACAUACGCCUGAUAUUACCGAAAGAGAGCGCCUCACAGUCAUGGCUCUAUCCCGCUUGGCCAAAACCUCAUCGUCAUCACCACAGAUCCAGCAAUUUACGCACGACCUUCUUGCGCAUACUGCACUGCUUCAUGCUCUGCCUCUCUCAUCCCGUAGUUUGCAGCAUGUCUCGGCGCUGAGCGAGUACGCGGAGUACCUCUCCAGCUUCUGCAACCAAGCCACCGAAAUUUUGAGAAGUGAGAACUGGAGCCAAUAUCACCAGGGACUCGAGACCAAUGAGUGCGAUGUAGCCGAUCUCUUUGACGGCCGUCUGUUCAAUGUUGUCUCAAAAGGCCUUGAUCUGUCAUCGAUGCCCGACUCAAUGCAGAAGAAGUUCAAUAAGCUCAGCGAAUCUUUGAAGGCUGUCAGCGAUAUUUCUGUCAGCAAGACCGAAAGGAAACUGGACGUCUCCUCCUUGGACGCCACUCCCACGAGUCCUACUGGAAACAUGAGCGUACUUCCCUUCUCCAACCCUGUAUUUGACCAGCACUUGGCCUCUAUCCAUCUUGGUAUUGACGACAAUGCUUCUGAAGAGACCAGCAGACCUUCGGCUCGUAUUUUCCAGGAAGUCUCUCACUGGCACAACGCCAAACGACCCAUUCAAACAAAAAACACGCCCGUACUUUCGCCACGAGAUGAGCUACGUGCCCGCCGCAGAAACCAGAAGUACAUGGAUGAGAUGCAAAAGUAUGCCGCAAGUUUGACCAACUCUGUGGGAAGAGCACUUGAGCCUGAAACUCUGCUUGUCAAGUCAGCGGCCGCAUCCAAGGUUGCUCAGAAGACCGAGAACAAGAAGACGACUGCCGAACCCGCUAAAGUUGAGAGUUCCAAGAAGGGCGGCAACCCCAAGGGUGGCAAGAAGAAUGUCAAAGUCAGUGGUAAGCAGGCCGCGCAAGAGGCAGCUGCAGCCUUCCAGGCCAAGAAGUCAGAAGCUGCUGACUCGAAGGUGAUGCAAGCAUGGCACAUCAUCUUGAAGAGUCUGUCUGCCGAGAGCGAUCUCCCAUCUCGUUACAUCAAGACUAAGGAUUACUUUUCCACUUUGCCCAAGGAAAAGAGAGAGAUUCUCGGCGCCGAAGUGCAACUGUUUUCUCUGAGCACGUUGGUAGAGAUUGCCAUUCAAUCAGGCAAGACAACUGAUCAGGAUACGUCUGGUAUCGUGGCCUUCAUCUGGCACACCGCCAGAAACCUUGUCCAAUGCGAUAACAUGACGAAGACAAUUUGCGAGAAGAUCAAGCUCACGGUAGACUCCUUCGCACUUCCUCCUGUCGACAUCCCCAAGCCGACUGAAGACAAAUCUCUGCCAUUCAGAUUCGCACUCCCUCUGCAAAGCACGGAUCUUGUGAAGAACAAGCUGUCUAGCAAGGCAUUCCAACUUCUUCACUGUGGACCUUUCCUUGAUCGCAGUAUGGACGCUGCCCCUGACUCAAGAGUGGACUUUGAGCCCGAUGGCUGGCAAAGAAAGGUUCUUGAUGGCAUUGACGACAACAAGAGUCUCUUCGUGGUCGCACCCACCUCUGCCGGUAAGACUUUUAUCUCGUUCUACGCAAUGAGAAAGGUCAUCGAAGCAGACGACGAAGGUGUCCUUGUUUACGUCGCACCGACAAAGGCCUUGGUCAACCAAAUCGCCGCCGAAAUUCAGGGUAGAUAUUCCAAGAAGUUCAAGUACCCAGGCAAGAGUGUAUGGGCUAUCCACACCAGAGAUCACCGCAUCAACAACGCAACUGGUUGUCAAGUACUUGUCACAGUACCCCAUGUGCUCCAGAUCAUGCUUCUGGCUCCCUCACAUGCCAACUCAUGGGCAACCAGGGUCAAGCGCAUCAUCUUCGAUGAAGUUCAUUGUAUUGGACAGGCCGAAGACGGUGUUGUUUGGGAGCAACUUCUGUUGCUUGCUCCUUGCCCCGUAAUUGCACUCUCAGCCACAGUCGGCAACCCUGAUGUUUUCAGUGAUUGGCUGGCAACGACUGAAAAGGCAAUGGGUAUCGACUUCGAGAUGGUCAGACAUCCAUACAGAUACUCUGACUUGAGAAAGUUCUACUACGACCCCCCGAAGAAAUUCUUGUUCGAUGGUCUUGGCCAGAAGAAGGGUCUACCUACCCUUGGUUUGGACGGUACCACCGGCUUCGAGUACCUCCACCCGGUCGCUUGUCUCAUCAACAGAUCAGCCGGACUUCCCGAUGAUCUUUCGUUCGAGCCUCGCGACUGCUACACGCUUUGGAAGGCCAUGAAGGAGCACUCGAAUGACAAGUACAGCUUGCCCGCAGAGCUUGAUCCCACUACAGCCUUGCCCAGCGUCAUUCGCAAGCAGGACGUCUUAAAGUGGGAGGCCGGGUUGAAGAAGGUUUUGGCCGCGUGGAUGGAAGACACCGCGUCUCCAUUUAACGCUGUCUUUGCCACCCUCUCCGGAAAGCAGGCACAGAAGGAAGACCUGUACGCUCCUACAGCCAAACGCACCGGCCAAAGGGAAGCCCAGAACGUCGCAGACGACGACUUCCUGCCCCUACUUUGCAGACUCCACGAACAAGAAGCACUGCCAGCUAUUCUCUUCAACUACGACCGCACUAGAUGUGAGGACAUUUGUGCCAAAAUCCAUGAUGACCUGAAGGAAGCUGAGGACCAGUGGAAGGCCACGGAUCCAAAGUGGAAGGUCAAGGUUGCACAAUGGGAAGCCUGGAAGAAGGAGCAAGAGCGCAAGGGUGCAAAGGCUAGUAAGGCCAAGAGCAAGAAGCCCGCCGAAGAGGGUAUGACCAAGGCAGACAUGCAGCGUGACGCUGCCGAUACCGACGCCAACGGCUUCGAAGGCUUUGACCCUGCAGCUCCCCAAGAGGGCUACCAUUUCUGCAACUUCAAGGCUAUCCAGGCCUCUGAACUCGCCGACUACAUGCGAGAGCUCGAGUGGAGACGUGUGCCACAAUGGUUGAUCGUUGCCUUGACCAGAGGUAUUGCAGUCCAUCACUCAGGUAUGAACCGCAAGUAUCGUCAAGUUGUUGAGAUUCUGUUCCGCAAGGGCUUCCUCAGAGUCGUCGUUGCAACCGGUACCCUUGCCUUGGGUAUCAACAUGCCCUGUAAGACUGUUGUCUUCACUGGCGAGUCUGUGUUCUUGACUGCUCUCGAGUACCGUCAAUGCGCCGGUCGUGCUGGUCGUCGUGGUUUCGACUUGCUCGGAAAUGUCGUCUUCCAGAACAUGCAACACGAAAAGGUUUUGAGACUGAUGUCUUCAAGACUGCCUGACCUCAACGGUCACUUCCCAGUCACGACCACCUUGGUUCUUCGUCUCUUCACACUGCUUCACGGAUCCAACAACUCAAAGUAUGCAGCUUCAUGCAUCAACUCUUUGCUCUCCCAGCCUCGUCUGCACAUGGGAGGUCCUUCGUUCAAGGACCAGACAUUGCACCAUCUGCGUUUCUCCAUCGAGUACCUUCGCAGACAGCACCUGCUCGAUGCCAAGGGUGCCACCCUUAACUUUGCUGGCCUUGUCUCGCACCUGUACUUCACCGAGAACUCAAGCUUUGCGUUCCAUGCACUGCUCAAGGAGGGCUACUUGCACAGACUCUGUGCGGAUAUUGACAAUAACGCAGAGUCCGUAGUCAACACUUUGAUGCUGGUCAUGUCUCACCUGUUUGGCCGUGUAUACUGCCGCAAGUCUGAUGCAGAGUACCGCGAGAAGGUCGUGAAGCCAUCUUCCUCAAUCGUCUUCUUGCCUCCUUUGCCCGAAGAGGCCGCCAACGUGUUGAACGAGCAUGGCCAACAGACCCUCGACAUCUUCAGCACCUAUGUCCGCACUUUCGUGGACCAGCAUGUGAAGAAGGCCGAUGACACUCUUCCUCUCACUUCCAAACAGGUGGGUUGUUCGUCGGUCGAGUCGGCCCCCAAGUUGGACGAAGUUUCGCUUCCAUCCACUAAGAUCCGUUCACCUUUCGUCGCGCUGUCCGGACAUACCGACAACUUCAGAUCUAUCAGUGAGCUGUGCCGCUCAGUCAGAUCUGGUGUUUUCCUCGAGGAGUCGGCCAUUCCCCACGUGGCUAUGCUCUCCCGAGACCUUGACCAACCUUUGAACGCUUACCUGGUUGACUUCUUCAAGCACGGUGAUGUCAAGACUCUAGAGAAGGCAAACGGCAUCAGACGUGGUGACGUCUGGUUCAUGCUGAAUGACUUCUCCCUAGUCCUUGCUACAAUCAUCACCAGUCUGCUAAACUUCAUGAAGCUCAAGGUCGGAAGCGACAUGGACUUCCUCGAUACUAUGGGCGAGCUGGACACUCUGGAAGAGGCCGAGGAUGAGACUGUCGCUGUCAAGGAGGACGGAGAAGCAGUUCCUGCUCCUAGUGAAGCUCCCAAGGCGGCCAUGGCUACUAUCACCAAGAAGAAGGCUAAGAAGGCCGAGAGCUGGGAGGACAUGGCUGAUGAGGAAGAGGUCAUUGAGAAGGAUUACAACGAGGCCGCUGCCAAGCUGGACGAACUCAACUUUGACAGUGCUGCAUGGGAAGGCCAAGGUGGUGAGAAGGGUCUACUCAAGGUGCUCAAGGCAUUCCAGAGAUUGCACUCGGAGUUCAACCUGAAGUUCAAGGCUAUGUGGGCAUAGAGAAUUGGGAAUGUUGGGUUCUCAUGGACUGUAAAAAUAGACGAUCAACAAUUGAUAGAUCAUACACUUGCUUCUUUUCCUGUUGA